UAUGUACCCUUCUCCUCAACAUAUUACUUUUAUUAAAGGCCAAACAAUUAACUCUGUUCUCUCUGAAAAACAAAACAUUUCAACAUUUAUUGAAAUUUCCGUUACUGCAACAAUAGAAGAAGUAUUUGAUGUAUUACUUGCUGAAAAUAUUAUAAGUGUAUCUGUUUAUAGACUUUGGAGAGGUCAUAAACAACCAAUUGCGAUUGUUAAUGUUUUUGAUUUAGUUUCUUUUGUUUGUUUGCAGCCAAUUUUUGACAAUGAUGAAAUUUUAAGUAAUGACAAUAAUUCUUACUUUUUACAAAAACCAAUUGGUGAACUCAUUGGAUUAACGCCAGAGAGCACAAAUCUGACUGUAUGCCAUACAGAAGAUCCACUUGUUAAUCUAUUAGAUUUGUUUACACGUAAACAAAUUCAUCGUGUUUUGGUGUCCACUCAACAUCUAAUUGAAGACCCAGAUAUUGGCAAUGUCAUUAAUGAGGAAGAGGCGCAACCAUCUUUAACAGCUUUUAAAAAAAUGCAUCAAUAUGGAGUCGAGGCAGUUGCAAUUGUUAAUGAUAGUGGUAGCCUGGUUGGAGAAAUAUCAGCAGCUGAUUUACGUGGUUUAAAUAAAGAUCGUUUGAGUGAUUUAAAAAAACCUGUCAUAAUGUUCCUUAAAUCAACCAAAGGUGCAUUAAUUAAACCAUUAAUUUGUCAUCAGAAAUUUACUUUGAGCCAAGUUAUGGCAAGUAUUGUGCAUAAUAAGGCUCAUCGAGCUUGGGUUGUAGAUGAGAAUGAUAUACCUAUUGGUUAUGUUUUUACCUGA